AUGGCACAAAAUCAAUUUGAUUCAGAUAUUGGAAAGCUAAACAAUGUUAUUGAAAGAUUAGAAAGCAGUUUGAAACAUAGCUUUAUGCAUUCAACACCUAAGAGUGAUAAGAUUAAGUCAACUAUUACGCAAAGUGAAAAAGAUUCAGGAGUAGCAAGUGGUGUUGAUAUGAGUAGUGAGGAGAAUGUUUUAACAAGAGAUACGGUAGUGUUUAGGACUGAAAAACCGAAAGUACGUUUUGUUGACAGUUUACCGGGUAAAAGUGAUAGUUUUUCCGAAAAGGAUACUUUGCCUCUGAGUGUAAGUAAACAAAUUGUAAAAAGUGACAAUAGUUGUGCCGAAAAGCGUGAACAUAAUGUAAAUACUCAAAAUGAGAUAACAGAUAUUGACAAACAGUGUCGAAAUAGUGAACCCCAUAAUCAAGGUGUUAAGUGCAAACCGGCAACCUACGACGGGAUAAGUUCAUGGAUAGACUACAAGUCUCAUUUUGAUAUGGUUGCAUUAGUUAAUAAUUGGACCGAAAACCAGAAGGGUCUUUAUCUAGCAGUUUCACUUCGAGGCCAAGCGCAAGCAGUAUUAGGCGAUCUACCAACAGAUGUGCGAAGUAAUUUUGUGACACUUGUUAAUGCACUUGAGGAACGUUUUGCCCCAACUAGUCAGACAGAGCUGUACAGAGUUCAAUUUCGUGAACGGAAACAAAAGGCAUCGGAAACUUUGCCUGAAAUGGGACAAGCAGUAAGGAGACUAUCUAACCUUGCAUACCCAACAGCUCCUCGUGAAGUGCGCGACACAUUAGCAAAAGAUCAAUUUAUUGAUGGAUUGUUUGAUUCAGAAAUGCGAUUAAAAAUUAAGCAAUCACGACCCAUUAAUUUAGAUGAAUCUAUUCGCUUAGCAGUAGAAUUAGAAGCCUUUAACCAGGCUGAAAGUAGCAAUAGGGUGAAUCGUGGUCAUUUGCGGUCUACAAAUCAAAGUGAAAACAUUGAUUCUACUGAUAUUAAUUCUCGAGCACACACGGGUGCUAUGGAAAAAAUAGAGAUGUCAAUGAAAACAAUGGAGGGAAUGAUAAAAACUUUGCAAAGUGAAUUAGAAAAAAUGAAAAGUUCAGGUAACAGUUUUGACAAUAAGAGAUGGGCAGCAAACAAUAAACGAAAUAAAGAGUGUUUCAAUUGUGGUAAACUAGGACACUUUCAAGCGGAAUGUCGACGUCCGUGGAGAAGGGAUACAACAAGAAGAUUGCAUACAAACAUAGGUCAAAAUCAUAAUGCUAAAUCUAGGGUCUCAAUCAUUGAAGACGCCGGUAUGUAUGUUGAUACAAUUUUAAACAAACGAUCUUGUAGAUUUCUUGUUGAUAGAGGGGCAACGUUGUCUAUUGUAUCAUUCAAACUUUAUGAAAGUUUGCCAAAGCAUUGUAAGGUUGAACUUUAUGAAACAUCCCAAAACAUAACAUCAGCCAAUGGUGGACUUUUGACAUUGCACGGUAAAGGAUAUUUUAGUAUUCAGAUUGGAAAGGAGACAUUUAAGUUUGAAGCACUUGUAGCGGAUAUCAAAGCCGAAGGAAUACUUGGACUAGAUUUCCUUAAGGCAAACAAAUGCGUAUUGGACGUUGUGUCUGAAAGGUUUUUUCUAGGUGAAUCUGAGAUACAAUUAAUAUUUGAGGGACCCUUAGGUUGCUAUCGGGUUGUGUCAUCAGAAACAGUUAGUAUUCCCCCAUCCUCAGAAGUUGUGGUAAACGGAAAGCAAUCAUUUGAACUUCGCUCGGAUCUGAAGGCUUUAUAUGAGAAGGCUUGUGAAAAUUUAGACAAACAACAAAGUGAUCAGUUAAAAGUACUUAUCAGGAAAUAUGAAGGUUUAUUUGCUGAAUCUGAUAAGGAGUUAGGCCACACUAAUCUUGUAAAACAUAGAAUCAAUACUGGGAAUGCACAACCAGUUAAAGAACCUCCUAGGCGUGCUCCAGUGCAUUUACGACAGGAAGUGGAUAAGAACAUUGAUGAUAUGCUAAAAAAAGGAGUUAUUGAACCAUCUAAUAGUCCUUGGGCAUCAGGUGUUGUUUUAGUAAAGAAAAAGGACGGAUCUUAUCGCUUCUGUGUUGAUUAUCGGAGAUUGAAUAAAGUAACGGUAAAAGAUGCAUAUCCUCUACCUCGUAUUGAUGAUUCCCUGGAACAACUUGCCGGCAGUGCCUGGUUCUCAACGCUGGACUUAUGUUCAGGCUACUGGCAAGUGGAAAUGCACCCUGAUGAUAGUUACAAAACAGCUUUCGCUACAAGAAGAGGCUUGUUUCAAUUCAAAGUUAUGCCCUUUGGUCUAUGCUGUGCACCCAGUACAUUUGAAAGAUUGAUGGAAACAGUUCUUGCAGGGUUGCAAUGGGACAUUUGUUUAGUUUACUUAGACGAUGUAAUUGUAGCUGGAAAAACAUUUAGUGACAUGUUAGUUAAUCUUGAUCGAGUAUUUGAAAGGCUAAGUUCAGCUGGUCUUAAGCUUAAAGCAAAGAAAUGUUCUUUGUGUGCAAAAGAGGUAUUAUUUUUGGGACAUGUAAUAUCAGAAAAGGGGAUUGCCACAGAUCCCUCAAAAAUUGACGUUGUGAAAAACUGGCCAAUCCCAAGCAAUGUGACUGAAAUACAUACAGACGCCAGUAAUGAAUCAAUUGGUGCCGUUUUAUCACAACUUAAUGAUCAAGGAUCUGAAGUUGUGAUAGGUUAUGCUACCCGAACCUUAAGCAAGGCCGAAAGACGUUACUGUGUAACAAGAAAAGAACUCCUAGCAGUUGUAAACUUUGUAAAACAUUAUAAACACUAUCUUUACGGGAGGCGAUUCGUAGUUAGGACCGAUCAUGGCUCCUUACGCUGGCUUAUGCAAUUCAAAAAUCCAGAGGGUCAAUUAGCUCGCUGGUUAGAAGUCCUUAGUGAGUAUGAAAUACAAAUAGUACAUCGUGCAGGUGUUCAACAUAGAAAUGCCGAUGCUCUAAGUCGAAUACCUUGUAAACAGUGUGGUUAUUUUUCCAACUGGGACGAAACACACGAGAAAACGGAAGCAAGUGUCUGCGUUUUAACGGACACCUCAGACGAAUAUAAGGAUGAUCAAUCCCAUCUCGAAGAAUUACAAAACAAUGACAAAGAUCUCCUUUACAUAAAGAAUUGUUUACGAAAUCAAAGACGUCCCAUGUUUAGUGAAGUGUCGGGUAAGGGUUUUGUUGUUCGAAGCAUGUGGUCUCAGUGGGAGAAUUUGCAACUAAAAGACGAAAUUCUAAUCCGGAAUUAUGAGAGUGAAAAAGAGAAAAAUCGACGACAAGUAGUUCUACCGUUUACAGAACGAAGAAAUGUUCUUCAGCGAUGUCAUGAUGAUAAAACAUCAGGACACUUGGAUGUAAGAUUGUAUAUCAGGGGUUGUGAUUUUUGUUCUAGAAAGAAACGACCAAUUCCAACAAAAAGGGCACCAAUGGGAAUAGUUCAAAGCAGUUUCCCAAUGGAGAGAAUAGCGACAGACAUACUUGGAGAAUUACCAGAAACAAAGAAUGGAAACAAGUAUAUCCUCGUUGUGUCAGACUAUUUCUCAAAAUGGACAGAGAGUUUUCCGAUGCCAAAUAUGGAGGCUGAAACGGUAGUAAAACUGAUAGUUGAAGAAGUAAUAACAAGGUUUGGAAUGCCAGCAUACAUUCAUUCCGAUCUGGGACGACAUUAUGAAAGCAACUUGUUUCAGGAAAUGUGCAGAGUUUUAAACAUAAAGAAAACAAGAACAACGCCAUAUCACCCCCAAUCCGACGGGAUGGUGGAGAAAUUCAAUGGAACACUUGCGAAAAUGUUAAGUGCAUAUGUGAACGACAAUCAUGAUGACUGGGACGAAUAUCUACCUUAUGUCAUGAUGGCAUAUCGCAGUGCAGAACAUGAGACAACAGGUUAUACGCCGAACUACUUGAUGUUUGGUAGAGAAGUUUCAACUCCACUUGACAUUAUGUACGAGAUGCCACAGGCACAAAAAGAAGUACCAACCAAUAAGUGGGCUUGGAAAAUGAAAGAGAGGAUGGAAAGUGCACAUUCAAUAGUACGAAGGAAUACAGAGACAGCAAUGCGUAGACAAAAGAGAUAUCACGACUUAAAGCUAUCAUGGCAAAAGUUUGAAAAGAAUGACGAAGUGUACGUUUAUUUUCCUGUGAGAAAAAGUGGACGAUCACCGAAGUUUACUUCAUUUUGGAGAGGUCCAUUUAAGAUAAUAGAUCGGUGUACAGAAGUUACAUACAAAGUCAACUGUGCUUAUAGAGGCAAGGAGCAGGUAAUUCAUGUUGAUAGAAUCCGCAAGAAGAAUAUGCAAAGGCUCCGAGACGAGGCAACAGAAAGUGAGAACGGUCGGGAACGAGAACCAGUUAACGAUGUAUGUAGUACGGAAGGUUGGGGAAAUAUGCAAAAUGAAGAAGAGAUUGUGACAAGUGACUUAGGAACAAAGUGUUUGGAAGAAAGUAGUCAUGAGCCUGAAAAGAGAAGGCGUUGUAAACCUGUAUGGAUGAAAGAUUACUGUGUUGAUUAG